AUGGAUUGGCAUAUGCUUACGGCAUCAGCGUCAGCGCUGGCGCCGCUCGAUGCUGGCAUACAGCAUACGUCGGUGGUCAACAUCUUCAAGCUAUCCAAGGAGUGGGCCAACGCAGCAGGGGCUGACGAAGCUUUUGCCCCUGAGUCGGCUGGACAACCGUCUGGAAGGCAUGAUAAGGAGAAAACUGGUUACGUAGUCGACUUGGAUGACGGCAUUGUCGAUGAGGAAGGCACACAAUGGUGCGACAAGGACCUGCAGCUGUGGGAGCGUGACAAGGCGGCUGUCGUUGAAAGCCUGAUGAACCGACUGCGCUCAUCGGGGAGCAGCGCAAGGAUUCGCGACAAGCACGACAGAAAUGGGGAGACUCCUGCGCAGAGCAAAGCAGAGCCGGCACGCGAGGCCCCGGAUAUCGUCAUGUCGCACGAACUUGAAAUGCUGCUGAGCUGGCUCGAUCGCCACGCGCACAACACCGCAAGCAUAUCCGAGGAGGCUAGGCGUAUAUUUGUGGACAACAUGAUUCCGCUGCUCCGCAAAUGCGACGCAAAUGCGCACAACUUCAUCUCAUUCAUGCUCGACAUCGCACGCCUGGGGGACGGCAAGAAGCCGGACUUCAUGAAAUCGUAUCUAAGAGUGGCACUCAAGCACCUGCAGAAGCAUGCGUGGGGGAGUUUGCACCUUGCAAUCCUCAACACCAAGGGGAUUUUCAUGGACGCCCUGAUCGCAGCGCCGCACCAGAAGCCCCAGGAGAUACUCAAGAUGUGCGUGGAGUGCGCCCAGCUCAUAUUCCCCAGCCAGACUGCUCAUAUAAGCUCCGGAGCAAAGCCGCAGAAUAGUGAGUACUACUUCUUUAUCGCAUACCUGCUAUUCCGCGCUGGCUCCGAGGAGGGGUUGCGCAUUUUGAUCGGCAAAAAUGGCCGCUACGAGCUACCUCCCGGGAUGGAAUCCGAGCGGUACCCUCCAAUGUACACAGACAUCUGCCAGUUGCUGAUUGGCGUGAUGCAGGACAAGGAACCGGAUGCCAACAAGCAGGUGCUGCUCGGCAAGUUCACAGCGGAGUAUUUCCCAACGAAACAGGCCAACAGCAUCACUCUAUUGGGGAAGGGAAGCAACUUCUAUGCACUGUUGCUGCUCAGCAUUAUCUAUCCGGACUACUACUUGCCCUGUGAUGCGGAUUCGUUGCACACUAAGGAGGACUAUCUUUGGUACCAGAUUCACAUCAUCUUGGCCGGGUCGUCCACGUCCCUCAGCAUGUCGGCUGCGACGCUGUGUCACAAUUUGACGCAGGAGGUCAACACCAUCAAGGCGACCGACGCGAAUGUUGUUGAACGCGUAUUUACGUAUGCGUAUUCCCUGGCGCUGGUGGGAGGGGUGAUGGAGGCGCUCCGCCUGCUGAUGUCCGCAGUGCACGACCCUAACGUCCAAGCAGUGGCCCUGGUGUUUUUGGUGUAUUUCGAGAACACCGGGCUGCUCGGCGCGGAUGAUCUCAGGUACAUCGCAAGCGCACUCUGGAACAUGGAGGAGGGUACGGGGAAGUUGGAGGAGGUGCCGUAUCUCACCCAACUCGCAUUCAGCAGGAAGAGAAACGUGUCGCCGGAGCUCAAGAUACUCAUUGCCACCAUACUGCCACAGCAGAAGGCUACUGCUUGCAUGAAGUACGUAGUGUCGGAGAACUUUAACGACGCAGUUAACACGUGCUUUAUCGGUACCGCUACCACGCGCAACGGAAUGUUGGUGAUCGGGCCCCUGUUGCAGAAGCUCAUCAAGCUCGCCACAAGACGUAGCGCGGCGAAGCUUGCAAUCCAGUUGAUGGCGCAGUACUCCGCGCAUGUAGGGCUUUGGGCAGCGGCGUUCAAGUGCUUCUACUGCACUCAAGACGUGGAAAAUUGUGUCUCAGUGCUGGAAGCCUGCUGCUGCUACCUCUACGACAACGCGGAGCAGUCGGGUGCCACUGCCGUUACUGGCGACGACCUCUGUGUCUACUUCUCCCUCGUUAAGAGUCUGGCGCCUGGAAACAAGCGUUUGGCCGAGCUCAGCAGUCUCUUCGACUGCAUUAACGUUUCAGUGCUAGUUAAAAAAGGCGACUACGCCGGGGCCGUCAUGGACGCCAGGCGCAAUCACAUCUUUGACAGCGUCGCACAUGUCUUGCGCAACGAGUCGCACCAGAUAUACUUCAACGCGCUUGUGGACUACAUCAGGGCGCUCAAGCACAUGGUUGAAAAUGGCCACCAACCGGGAACUCUUCUGACACAACCUGAGGCACACAACCUGGUGGACCUCUUGGAGUCGGCCUACCAAAACUGCAACGCCGACAAAAAUCGCACGGUGGACGCUAUACAUAUGCUCAUGACCUUCAUCACCAUAGUUCCACCGAAGCCUGGGCAGGACUUCGCAUAA